CAGCAGCAGUGAGUCCCUAUCACGAAGAGUGAGAGAGAGCGAGUGUGUGUGUGUGAGAGAGAGAGAGACAGAGAGAGAGAGAGAGAAAGAGAGAGAGAGCACGAGCGGAGCUGGACGGGAAGCAGUUACGCCGCCUUUUCCAUCCAGCAUCUUCUCCACCCAACGCCGAACUCGAGUGGGAACACGCAAGUACACGCACUGUCCUCCGGUGUCCAGAGCCCCCUCCUCCUCCUUCUCGAAAUGUCCGUGGUCAGUGACUUUGGGAACCCUCUAAGAAAAUUCAAACUCGUCUUUCUGGGGGAGCAAAGUGUGGGAAAGACGUCUUUGAUCACAAGGUUCAUGUAUGACAGCUUUGACAACACAUAUCAGGCCACAAUUGGGAUUGACUUCCUGUCGAAAACCAUGUACUUAGAAGAUCGAACACUUUCUCUAUCUGAACCUCAGGUGCGGUUGCAGCUCUGGGACACAGCAGGACAAGAGCGCUUCAGGAGCCUCAUCCCCAGUUAUAUACGGGACUCCACCGUGGCUGUGGUGGUCUACGACAUCACAAACGUUAACUCAUUCCAGCAGACAUCAAAAUGGAUCGACGAUGUGAGAACAGAGAGAGGAAGCGACGUCAUCAUUAUGCUCGUUGGCAAUAAAACAGACCUGGCAGAUAAAAGGCAGAUUACAAUCGAGGAAGGUGAACAGAGGGCUAAGGAGCUGAGUGUCAUGUUCAUAGAGACCAGUGCCAAGACGGGCUACAAUGUCAAACAGCUGUUUCGGCGUGUGGCCGCUGCUCUUCCAGGCAUGGAGAGUAUGCAAGAAACAAGCAAAGAAGGGAUGAUUGAUAUCAAGUUGGACAAACCACAGGAGCCCCAGACCACCGAAGGCGGAUGUUCUUGUUAAUGCUCAUAACACAUCCUGAAAAAAGAAGCCCCAUCAUUCACGCCACAUGCUUGUUCUGUUGCUUCCUAUUGGUUAACUUGCAGUUGAUUUUGCACUGACUUCUGGUCAUUGGUUGGAGCCAGCAAUAUGUGAAUUUGGUUCUGAAGUAGUGUAGCCUACUUUAUUAAUGAAAUUGCCAAAAGGUCCGACAUCUUGCAAAAAAAGACAAAGAUCUCAGACUCCUGAGUUGCAUAUUAUGCGUAUGAUGUUUUAAGCACACAAAAAAAAUCCCCACUUUCUUUUUGUAUUUUUAUAUGUCUGGAGAAAUCUCUCUGGACUUUCUUUUUAAAGAUGCACACAACUAAUGCUUCGGAUUUCGAGAGGACUAGUGGGUUGCAGAUGUGAUGUUACGGAUGCCAUUGUUGUUACGGGCAUCCCUACCUAGCCCUAACUUAGCCCUCUUUUAGUUUAACCCACACAUAGGUGAUCACAGCACUACUGCCUGUAACCGCGGAGGGAUCCAUAAUGCUGCAUUGCAGAACAAAGUGAGAUAAUACUGAGGGUUUGAGCAUAGGUGCUGUCUACCAGUGUUUAUAAGUUUGAAUAUGUAAAUGGUAACAUUACACCCGUGACUUAAUGCACUCUGAUAACAACUAGUUGUUUUAUUGAACUGAAUUUGUAUACUUGAUUUAAGACUAUCUUCCUGUCGUGUGUGUGUGUGUGUGUGUGUGUGUGUGUGUGUGUGUGUGUGUGUGUGUGUGUGUUAACAUGUGCUUUGUGUAUAGGCAACAUUAGAAUGCAGUCAUGUAGAGGGCCACUGCCACAUCACAGCACCACUGAGUCACCAUUUGGUCGCAGUAUGUCAUAGCCCCCUCCCCCCACUCACUACAAAUAUGACAGCUGCUGUUGCAUUGUGUUAUAUUUUGGUGGUCGUGACUAUGGUAGUUUGCACAUCAGCAUAAGCGAGCGGUGGAGAAACAAAGCUCUCGUCUCGUUUCACAGAGGGACACGUAGGGAUCUGUAGAUAUUAAUGCAGCUUCUGUGACCAAAACAGUCCUUUUAACAUUGUAAACCUGUUUUCAUUCCUGACGAAAAAGACUAAUUUGCACAUGUAGAUGUUUCAGGUUAACAUGAAGGUAUGAAAAGCUUCUUUGUAAAUGUACAGUCACUGGAUUUUAGACCUUUCUGAUCGUCAUAGAAACGCUCACCCAAACUGCCCAUGCAUCUGUUGCUGCUUCUGUUUGAACCGACUACUGACGUUAGCAUUAUGCAAUGUUCUUUCUUUUUUUUUUAACCAGUGCCUGUUGUCAUAAUGUACUGGUGGUGGAAUCAGCCAGUGUUAAGAACACUUUUGAUUUGACUCGCCUUUGAAGUGAAAUCUUCUGCACUUUGGAACGUGUUGGUAAAAAAAUCAUUUGGGUUCUGUGUCUUAGUGAGUGGUAACUUCAGUUCACACAUGUGCAAAACUGAGGAGCACACUGGGAAAUGGAGUAGGUGUAACCCUGUAAUGGGCCAAAUAAUAAUAGUAAGAAUAAUAAUAGUUAGAAAAAGAACAGAUGGAGUUGGAUCAAAAGAUUCACAAAUGAUCUUGACUUUGGUGUUUUUCUCAUUGACAAAAAAUUCAACUUCAAAUCCUUCAAUAUAAAAAAACCUUAUAGUAUUUGAGUCCUUUGAGUUGCUGGAUAUUUAUUAUCUUGAAAGAGGAAUGUACUGCUCAUUAGUCAUAAGGAGCCCGUUUUGAGAAAAGACUCAAACAAAGACAAAAUGAUUGAUCAGUAGCUGUAGACGGAGUUUAGUCCAUUUAAACGAGUGAUGAACAAAUGUCUGUUUGUGUUGGAGGGGGUUUGCGUUGGAAGGUAAAGACCACCACCAUUCCAUGAGGGUGUUUAUCAUCAGACCCGAUAAGUCCAAAGCUGGUUCUCCAUUCACACUGUACAGAGAUCGAGCAUGUCUCUCCAAAUGAUUAAUAAAGAUGUCUUAUACCGAAA